AUGUGGUCAUAUAUCUGUCAUUGUUCUCUACUAUUGCUUUUAUUUAAUUAUCAAACGAAUACUCAACAAAUUCCAUUCGAUACUAUUGUUAGUUUUGGUGAUUCAAGUAUCGAUACAGGAAAUGUUUAUAAUUUAACAAAUCAUACAUGGCCUAUUGUACCUCCAUAUUUUCAAGGUCGAUUUUCGAACGGUCCUGUUUGGAUAGAAAAAUUAGGUAUAUUGAAUAUAAAAAAUUAUGCAUAUGGAGGUGCAACAACUGAUAAUGAUUUUAUUCAAGGUUAUACAGCAUCAGAUACAAUACCUGUACCUGGUGUUCGACAACAAAUUCAAAUUUAUUUCAAUGAAACAAAUAUAACGACUUUGAACUCUAUACGUACACUUUAUGUCAUUCGGGUUGGUGGUAACGAUUAUUAUUUUAAUAAAACGAUUAGUCCAUCAAGAGUUACUGCUAGUAUUUUAAAUGGUGUUCAAGAUUUACUUAAGUUUGGUGCUAAACAUAUUCUUAUUAUGAAUCAAUCACCUACUCAAACAAUGCCAUUCGUUCAAACUCAAGAACAACUUGUUUACUAUAGAGAUCGUACUAUUUAUCAUAACAAUAAUCUUUCGAUUGGUAUUACAAACCUUGAUUAUAAUCACAAACAAGUUGCUUUAUAUUUAUUUGAUGUUUAUUCAUUGAUUUUGAAAAUUAUUACUAAUCAUGAGAAUUAUUCUUUGAACAUAAAAGAUAAUUGUUGGAAUGUAAUAAAUGGAAAUGUAACUAUUUUAUGUUCAAAUCCAGAAUCAUAUGUUUAUAUUGAUCAAUAUCAUUAUACAACACGAAUACAUGAACUGAUUGGUGAUGCUGUACGUGAAUUUUUUUUGAGUUCAUUUGGAAUCACUAAAUCUUCUUAUACUAUUGGCAUCAUUUUAUGUGCACAAUUCUUUUUAAUGUUAUCCUUCUAG